AUGUCAGAGCAUGAUGAUUUGCUCGCUUUAACGGAGGAGAUUUUUAACAACAUUUGCAUCAAACUAAAACGCAAAAUGUCAGCGUUUAGCGAACUUCCCAUCCAAGAAUGCAGCCAUGCACCAGACAUGCGUUUGGAUCCCGUCUCCAUUCCGAGCUUUGACGGACAGCCGUCCAAUUGGUUAGCGUUUAAUGAUAUGUUUGAGACGCUGGUUCACAACAGAAGUGACUUGCAGCCCACCUAUAAACUGGGAAAAUUGAGACAAUAUGUGAAGGCGGAAAAUGUUCCUUUAGUCGGUGGUUUGUACACAGGUGGUUAUGAAGAAGUCUGGGCUGAACUGAAACAACGUUACGACAACCCCCGUACUCUUUCGGAACAUCAUGUUCAGCAUCUUCUAGACUUACCAACUCACCCAUCAGAAUCUCGAGCUACGCUACUUAAUUUUGUGGAUAGUGUACGUAAUUCCUUCAGAGCGCUUGAAUUGAUGAAUGUGCCAGUAAAACAGUGGGAUGCUAUAGCCGUACCACUGCUACUACCGAAACUGCCGAUUGUUACUCGAACCGAGUGGGGAAUGAGCCUAAAAUCCAAUGAAAUUCCGAAAAUGGAAGAAGUGAUCAUGUUCGUGGAACGGCGUGCAGCAAACCUGCCGACAUCGUCGCCAAUUGUUCCACAUAUUUCAAGCGGACGCACAUCCAGUCGUGUCGUGAAGGCGCAUCUGACUAUGAACUCCGGAAAAAUUCUUAAUCCAUUGGUAGCAUCUGACAAGGCAACGAAUUGCCCAUCUUGUAAUGAGUUUCAUCGCAUUACGAAAUGUCAAACGUUUCGUAACCUUCAACUUGACGGACGCUGGGACUUGGUGAAGCAGGCAUCAUUAUGUUUCAAUUGCCUCAAGGCCGGCCAUCGUAAUCGCGACUGUCUAUCUGGUUUAUGUCUCAACUGCCAACAGAAACACAAUACUCUUCUAUGUAGAAGGCCCCAGCAGAGGAGCGUUGAAGGUACUUUCUCCAGAUUUACUCCUGGAGCGUCGGCUACAACACCAAUAGUGUCCCAAGAGUGA